AUGUCAACAAUGAUCUGUUUGCAGGAUCCCCUGAACUUUGACCCAACACCAUUCGCUUACACUGGAGUCAACUUCAUAACCACACAGCUGGGAAACCAGCUACACUCGCCACCACUAUCGCCAUCAUCAUCAUCCUCGACUCCAGCGUCAACUCAAUCAACGCCAUCAACGACAUCUUCUUUGCCACCAUUCAACAAGUUCUCCAACACUGACGUCAUGUUGAUUAAAGAUUCCUUGCUAACUCUCUACAGAGCCAUAAUGAUGACGUAUGCAUUACGUCAUAAUUGCACGUGGAAAGGCCAACAGGAUAUAAAUAGCAUCAGGCUGAAAAUCUCGGAAAAAACAGAAAGUGGUCAGUUGAAAUUUCUGAAAGAUGGAAGCAGGGUCGGUUACUUCCUUGACGUUCUGUGGCUCAGAGAGAAUGGCUUCAAAAAAGUAGAAUUCACGAUUGCAUUUUGCUUGAACCGGCAUCAAAGUUUUGGGAAAAAAAGCGCAUAUGGCAGGAACCAUGAAACAGUAUAA